AUGGAAUACAAUUGCUUUAACGAGCAGUUUUGCAACGAAGUUGCCAAACUUUUUGCUGCAGCUUUAUACGGAACGAUAAAAGGGAGCGAUUAUGUCAUUGCAUUUGCAAUCUUGGAGCCAUUGGUUGAUAUCGUAAGUUCAUGUUUUUACGUUGCAAACAGGAGUUUUCUACGUUGUUAACAAGCAUUUUUUUAGUUCGAGGGAAAUCUGUGCGACCUGGGACUCUCGGAGUCUCAUCCGUUCAAAACUUUAGAAGACCGCGAUAAUGUUUAUCAUGUCAGUGAAGAAGGGCUGAAAUUGUUGGAGGAAAAAGAGCCCCAACUCCCCGAAGGCUAUAGGUUUGGAUCGCUGAAGCCAGAACAUGCAGCGGAAAUCUUGGCUGAUCAAGUGUACGGAAAAACUAUUUCGCCCAAGCCUUAUGAGUAAGUUGGAUUUUUACAAAAAAACGAAGGUCGAACUGGUUAAUGUUGACUGUUACUGCAACGAGGAAGCAUCUUCAAAGAUUUGAUUCUUUUAUCAUCAAAUAUUUUACUUUUUAAAGAUUCAAGAAUGCUGCUUUGGCUAUACAGUGGGUCAACUGAUCCAUUGUCAAAAAACGUACCAUUUUACAUCCAGGAGGCAUCAAAAAAUGUGGCAAAAUACCUCCCUCUCCAAGUGAAAAAAACUCAGAUUUCAAAAGCGCGCCCUUCAAAACAAAGUUUUUUCACUUGGAGAGGGAAGCAUUUUGCCACAUUUUUUAUGCUUCCCGGAUGCAAAAUGGUACGUCUUUUGCCACUGGAUCAGGUCCACCACUGUAGAAGCCAUGUUCCAAUAGCAAAGCUGAUUUUAAGGUCACAAGGGAACGCUUGAAGCCGGUUUGAAGCCGACUACUACUUGUAUUUUGUAACAGGCUACAAAAAUUUUCAACUCUUUGACCAAAAAACGUUUAUUACCAAGCCAAUUUGCAAACAUCUUCAAAGAUUUCAUGUUGAUGAUCAAGUUUGCAUUUUUUUGAAUUUUUCCUUAAAUAUUCAAUGUUUUGGUCAAUUACUGGAGUUGUCGAAACUUGGUGUAGCUAACGAAAAAACGUUCUUCUGCCAGCUGAACACAUUUACGAAGACCCCAUCUCGCUACGACCUCUGGUUCCCGAGUUAUGAAAAAACGAGUCAUUUUACAGUAACCUAUCAUACAGUAAAAUUUCGAAAAAAAAUUAACGAUAUAGUUUAUUAGAAUAGUAUGUAGCUACAGUUUGCCAAGUCUGAAGUCCUCACAAAAUCAAAAAAGAACUCUUUUCAGACGAACCCUCUCACUUCUGCCAUCCGUCGGCGUUUUCACUGAAGAGACGAAUGAACUUGUCUCUUAUGAAUUUCUGGACGUAAUCGGCGCAAUCACUGCCCAAUUUACCCGGCUUCCUCAUCGUCGAAAAGGGCUUGGAAGUGCCGUGGAAUGGAAGAUUUGUGCGGAAACUUGGAAAAGGCAAUAUUUUCAUAAGUUGGAAGACAUUUUUUCCUAAAAUUCGAGUCUCUGAAAAAUAUGUCUUUUUUUGAUAACGUUAAUGGCAUGGAUGCGAAUUAUAAAUGUUUUUACGUAUUUUAGAGUCGGGUUAAUCCCAUACAAAGCCGUCUCGCACAAUCGGCCUCGAGUCCUCAAACUCUCCGACAAUUCCCCAUUAUGGACUCAAAAACUUGAUGAAUCUGGGAGCCCAAGACGCGCCAAAUUCUUCAUGUACCAUAAGCAGGAUAUGCCCAAGUUUGAAUUUUAUGAAAACUAA